AAACGCCUGAUCUCCCGUCUCCAACGCAGCAACUUUGACUCACACGAGAAAAGAGCCGUGUGUUGUAGAGAAGUCACCUGGAAGUGAAGGGGGCAGCACCAUGAUGGGAUUGAACAAGGCGGCUCUCCUGCUCUCCGUCCUGGCUUCAGUGGCCCAGUGCCAAGGAUCUGUGAGGAGCAGGAUCCAGACGAACGAGAACAGGAGAGUGCCCCCCAGUCCUUUCAUUGAUACACAAACAACAGGCGUGACAGAGUGGACGUCUUGGUUUAACAUUGACCAUCCUGGGGGGAAUGGAGACUAUGAGCGGCUGGAAGCCAUCCGUUUCUAUUACAGGGAGAGAGUCUGUGCACGGCCCACAGCCAUGGAGGCUCGCACUACAGACUGGGUGGCAGCAUCAGACACCGGGGAAGUGGUCCACUCCAGUCUGGAGAAGGGCUUCUGGUGUGUCAACAAAGAGCAGCCGCACGGCCGAGCCUGCUCCAACUACCACGUUCGCUUUCAGUGUCCCCCGGUGCAGAGCUAUUGGACCGACUGGAGUGAGUGGGGUCCCUGUACUACCACAGCAUGUGAUGAUGUCGGCAUCCAGGUCCGCCAGAGGAAAUGCGUCAGUACCCAGCCCACGCCUCUCCUGUUGGUGCCAGCAUGCCAGGGGCACCAUUCAGAGAGGAGGGAGUGCUCCACGCCUCCAUGCACCGCCAAGUGGGGUCCCUGGGGCCGGUGGGGGACGUGCUCUGUCACUUGUGGUGGAGGUCGCAGGAUUAGGAGGAGGACCUGUGUCAGGAGCUCAGUGACAGUGCAGUGUAAUGGACGGCCUGUUGAAAUACAGAAAUGUGGGAAGAGUCCAUGCCCAGCCAAAUGUCAACACGUUUGCACUGAGGGGCGUCCCAGUGAGGACUGCAGCCACUGCGUGUGUGACAGCCAUGUGUUGCAUGGAGAAGUCCACAGUGUGGCCGGCGUCCCUGUGGAGGGGGCGGGGGUGACACUAGCCAGCCAGCCCAAAGUCAUCCGUGCGCGUACAGAUGCCAAAGGUCAGUUUAGAAUUGCAGGAGUCUGCUCCUCCAGCUCCACCUUGGUCCACAUCAGGAGAGACAAGUUUGUCCCCAUCACAGUCUCCACCUCCAGUAACGCCACAGGAAUGUCCUGGGUACAGGCCGUCCUCAAAUCAGCCGAAAAGCCGUACAUUGUGAAGCAUCCAGAGGACAAAGUGCGUUUUGAGGGAGGACGGGUGCUGUUUUGCUGCAAGGCAACAGGGUCACCAACACCUGACAAAUACUACUGGUACCACAAUGGGACUCUGCUGGACAGGAAGGUGCACAAGUAUGAAGAGGACCUCGUACUGCGAGACCUGAAGCCAGAGCAUUCGGGAGAGUAUUACUGCAAAGCCAGCAGCCCAGCAGGCAGCAUCAAGUCCACUCCAGCUACCCUCACUGUGAUUGCGAGGGGAACACCAGCAUGCAAUUCCACCCCUGAGAUGCACCUCAUCAGACUGCCGCUGGACUGUGUUCAACCUGGGACUAACUCCAAGUACUACAAUGCUGGCCGCUGCCCUCACAACAAAUGUGCUGGCUCUCUAGACUUUGAUACACGCUGCAGAGAUGGUGCCGGAUUCUGCUGCGGGGUCCAGAAUAUGGAAAGUCGAAUUAUUGACUGUGGGCGAUACAACCUCCCCAUUAAGGCUGUCAUGCAGUGCGGCUGUCAGAAGUGCGUGCAGCCGCCUGUGCUAGUUCGAGGCAGAGUGAUCUCAGCGGACAAUGGCGACCCUCUACGUUUUGGGCACAUCUACAUUGGUAAAGAGAGGGUGGGCACCACUGGCUACCAGGGAGGGUUCACAUUGCAAAUUACUCCUGAUACACAAAGACUGGUGGUAAAUUUUGUUGAUCCCACUGAGGAGUUUAUUGACACACCUAAAGUAUUCAUUUUGGACAAGAAAGGAGGAUCAAUCUACCAUGAUGUGAAGGUGAUGAGAAAACAGAAACCAAUUGACAUCAAUGCAGGAGAAACCAACUCCAUUGACCUUGGAGAAAUUAAAGGGGAAGACCCCAUUGGGCAGCUGGUCAUUCCUCCCAAUUCCUUUCACAAAGACAAUGGAGAAAUCUAUGAGGGCACCGUAAAAGCUAGUGUCACAUUCAUUGACCCGAGAAACAUCACCACUGCUGCGGCGGCGCCUGGUGAUCUGAACUUUGUGAAUGAUGAGGGUGACAUGCUCCCUUUGAGGACCUACGGCAUGUUCUCUGUUGACUUCAGAGAUGAGACUAAUAAGGAAAUACUAGGAGCUGGAGGAGUUCAGGUCCUCCUUGACACACAGCAUGUCAAAAUGCAAGAGCAUAUUCCCAAAAUGAAACUGUGGUCUUUAAAUCCAGACACAGGAGUCUGGGAGGAGGAGAGUGACUUUUCAUACACCACAAGAACUUCCGGUGGUCAUGGGCGCAGCAAGCGAGAGGAGCGCACAUUCCUCAUAGGCAACAUGGAGAUUCGAGAACGUAGACUCUUUAACUUGGAUGUACCUGAAAACAGACGCUGCUACGUCAAGGUCCGGGCCUACAUGAGUGACAAGUUUCUUCCAACUGAACAGCUGGAGGGUGUUGUGAUCACUUUGAUAAACUUGGAGCCCAAACCUGGGUAUUCUUCUAAUCCCAGGGCAUGGGGCCGCUUUGACAGUGUCCUGACUGGAUCCAACGGAGCCUGUUUACCAGCUUUCUGUGAUGCUCUGAGGCCUGAUGCUUACACAGCUUAUGUUACUGCAAUGAUGGGUGGAGAAGAAUUGGAGGCAGCUCCUUCCUCCCCCAAAAUGAAUCCAAACAUCAUUGGAGUGUCUCAACCAUAUCUAGAUAAAAUAGACUAUCAGCGCUCAGAUCAUGAGGAUCCAGCUCUGAAGAAAACGGCCUUCAGAAUCAACUUGCCUAAGCCUAACCAAAACAAUCUAGAUGAGACCAAUGGGCCAAUAUAUCCAUAUCGAAACCUAAUAGAUUGUGAGAAUGCCCCUGUUGAUGCAAAUCAUUUCAGAUUCUUCAGAGUGGAAAAGGACAAGUAUGAAUACAAUGUAGUUCCAUUUGAGGAGAGUGAUUUGACAACCUGGACAGGUGACUAUCUUUCCUGGUGGCCAAAUCCCCAGGAAUUCAGAGCAUGCUUCAUCAAAGUUAAGAUCCAUGGACAGAAGGAAGUGAUGGUCAGGUCAAGGAAUCUGGGAGGGACACACAGGGAAACAGCAGGCAAACUUUACGGCAUUAGAGACAUUCGCAGCACCCGGGACAUGCGAGAGGCCAACACCUCGGCAGCCUGUGUGGAGUUCAAAUGCAGUGGCAUGUUGUUUGAUCAAGCAGCGGUGGACAGGUCCCUCAUUUCAAUCCUUCCACAGGGGAACUGUCGCAGGAUCGGCACCAACAACCUCCUUCACGAGUAUCUCAUCAAACAUCCACCAGUCACUCAAAACAACGAGUCACAUGCUUUCAACAUGUUAGCUCCCGUUGAUCCCCUUGGACACAACUAUGGCAUCUAUACAGUCACAGACCAGAAUCCAAGACUAGCCAAGGAGAUCGCCAUUGGGCGCUGCUUUGAUGGCACCUCAGAUGGUUUCUCCAGGGAGAUGAAGUCAGACUCUGGAGUGGCAUUGACCUUUAGCUGCCCAGAGAGGAAAAUCAACAGGGAAAGCCUCUUCCAGCGCUUGCAGACCAAUCCGGGUCAGACACUGUCUCAAAUGGCGAGGGACAUGAGAGAGUCGCAGGGUCUGCAGAUGCAGAGAUCAUCCACCCAGGUGGUGGCCUAUCCUUCAGAACAGCAGAGCAUAACCCAGAAUCGUAGAUUCAGCUCUACAACCCGGAGGAGAAUGUCCAUGCGUACACAACAGCGCCAGUAGAGGUGCCAAGAAGUAUUCUUUGAGACUGAUACGGUGGCAUCAAGUAGUGCAAGUAAAUCUUGUCCGUCUGUUGUUGAGAGUGAACUCCCUCUGGACUCUGAAAACCACAAAACCAAAGCAGACAGCAAUUCAGUAAAGACAUUCUAUUUUAUACUUGAAAUGUUUGGUAUAUUAAUCUCUUUAUUCUCUCCUAAAAUGAUGUAACAUGUAAUUCAUUGGCUUUGGUCUCAUUUUAUUGAAUGUGGCAUUCCACUUUUCCCAUUGUGGGUGUUUUUCCUGAUGUCUAUUAAUGCUUAAUAUUUAAUACUAUGACAGGCCCCAAAUAUUUCAUAAUUGGCCAUUACUUUCCUUUUGAUCCAGAUUAAAAGCAUUAAAAGCAACAGAGCCAGUUGUUUGUACCAGACACUGAGCCCAUUUUUUUUGACCAACUGAGACACUGUUUCCCCUGAAUGGGAAGGUACACUUGAAAGAGGCAGUGGCAUAAGGCACGUCACCCUGGGAACUGAGGAUGUUUUUAGACAUGCUUUGUAAUAUCCAUCAGCAUGCUACAUCGCUAACUUUGACUAAGCCAAAGUUACUUUCUUACCUAUUUAGAUUAUGCAAAGAUGGAUUUCAUGCACUAUAAAGUUGAGUACAUCACCAAACCAAAGUGACAAAUUCCUCAACAUGUAAUUUUGCCGUUGUUACUGAGGCUCAUUUGGGGUCGACUUUGGUUUUAUGUGUCUGUGACGUAAUGUGUGCAAUAAAUAUGCAGUAUCAUUUUAGAAAUUUCAGCAUGUAACAAAUUAUCACAGUGCAUGGAAAAUGGUGCUUGUUUAUGAAAUGAAGUACAUGCAGCAGGUGGUGAGGUCCAGAUAGCUGUAAGAGAUCUUGCAGAGGAUUCAUUUUGAGUGAUUUUUCUAACAUGCAAUUUUACAGCUAUGCAAUCGGUCUUCCAAUAUAUUAACCUUUUUAAUGCUUUGCCACGUGACGCAGUUGUUUUUACCAUUUGUACACCGGAAUAACAUUUUCAGCUUCAGAGGACAACAUUGUUUUGUUCCACUGAGAGUUCGAACUCUCAGUGGAGUCGUCUCCUCAUUACGAAAACCCCUGCACGACUGUUACACAAGAGAUUGAUAAUUAUGGAGCGAUUCCUGGCCAAGUUCCCAUAAAUCGGGUCAGUGACAGUAAAAGUAACAUUAUCAGUAAACUGAGAGUAUACAUUACAAGCCACUGAAAAAUAAGUUAUUGGAUAAACGAGGAAAAAGGUUUUUUUAAACUGAAGUCAUUAAAAAAGAAGAAACUUUUCCAGUGAUUAAAAGCUCCAAACUUGUUUAUCUGCAAAAUGGGCUCUGGCAGACCUGUGGGAGAAGCUCUUCAAGCUGAACUAAUCCAAAAGCUAAUGUGGGGAACCAUGGUCCACGGAGAAACUAGGAGAGGCUGACAAGUAAAUAUAAGCCUCCUGUUAAUUAGAAAAUAAAUUACAUAAUCUCUUGAGAAUUCCUAAAACUGUUUGUCCCAGACUUUCACAAACAGCCAAACACAUUAAUUCUGGAGGAAACAAAGGAUGAGAUUAAGUAAUAAACAAUGUCGUGGGCUCAAGGGAAUUAUGGUCAGACAUGUUUACCAUUAAAAUAAGGUCCAGUCCAAGGUACAUUUAAAUCUUCAAGGCGUUUUUCCUGCCUUAUUCAAUUGACUUCAAUACAUUUGUAUUCCUCAUGUGCAGAAAGUUUAGUCAUUUGCUAAAAUGUGCCAGCGUGAUGUUGUGUAAAUGUAAAACAGGCCCACACUCUGACAGAAGCAUCGUUCUCUUUUAUAUACAACGGUAUGACUUCAGACACAGAAAAAUACUGAGUGACAGCCGAGGAUACCUUCUAUUAUGAGUGACCUCUUUCAUCACAGGCUGAACAGUUCAAAUCAAGGCCAAGAUUGAAUCCAGGUGUGGGGAGAGAUACAUCGUGUAAAAAAAAAGGCAAUGGUGUGCUAAUGCUGCGGUGUCAGCUGAGAAGACCCAACAGCUGUAGAGCAACUGGAGGAAAUGUUAGACCAAGGACAUCAAGAGAACCAUGAGCGAGAUUAUCUAGUGAUGGAUUUAAUCAUUUUUAGGAAAAUGUUAGUCGUUUUUUGGCCUCACUGUCCAUCACUUACAGAUUCUCAGGUUUCCAAAGUGGUUGCACAUGGAAGAAUGCAGGUUCCUCUUUAGAUGCUUUGACAGGAGCAUUGGCUUUUUCAUGAGGAGAAGUUUGAGGGACAAGGUAACAAUAAUAGGCUGUGUAAACCAUUAUGUAAGACGUUGCAUGUGAAAGUUAGCAGGGCUCUCCAAACACUUACUUUGUCUUCUGGAGAACUUCAAAAGACAUUAAAGAACCUCCGCGAUUGUUGGGUUUAAUGACUUAGGAAAGUUUUUAGAAUGAAUCAAAAACCGGGCAAUUUAGCCUGAAUCCAGGUCAUCGCUAAGAUCCAUUUUAAUAAAAAAUAAUGUUUAUACCGUUCAAAUAAAAUUCACAAUUAAUUCUACAGGAAGUCGUCCAAUAUUCCAUGAAUGCAAAUCAAUAGAGCUUAGUGUUCCCCUUUUUAGACAUGUAAAGCAAAGAAAAAAUGAAUGUUAUUGAGUGUUAGAGCAGAUUAAUGACCAAACGCAUGUGCAGGAAAGAUUAAAUCACAGGCAACUGUCAGUAAACUUUGCAAAGAAAACUGGAAAAAGGGAAAUAGCAACUCCUUAUAAUAAACUGUGCAGACACGAGGCCAGUGUUAAUGUCCUCAUGACAGCAAAUGAGGGUUUUCUUAUACUGAAUACAACAUACAGCAGAUGUAGCUUGGUUUGCUUGAUAAAAAAACAAACAAAAAAAACAUUAUUUUUUCAAAUAUACUUUUCUUGGUGUUGCUUCUCUGUAGCAAAAUGACUAUUUCACUUGAGCAGAAAAAGCACAAGUCUCUUAAGCCACCUGAAACAGUGAUUCAAAAAUGAACACAUUCAUCUCAUUUCUCCUCUGCACAGUCCAUUUGGUCUCAGGGAGAUUCUAAUUUAUUCAGGAGGUCAUCCUUGAACCUCUCCACCACUUUCUGGAGUAUACAAAGAGAGUUGUAUAUUUGCCACUGCAAUGCUCCAGUAAAAGAACAACAUAAACAAACAUGUAAUCCUCUAUAAACACGUAACUAUUGCAUGGUGAUGCUGAUGUCAUUGUUUUCCUCUGAAUUAAGUUUUAAUGUGUAAAUUGUGUAUUGUAUGAAAUCUACUCGUGGUACGAUGAAGAAUCUGUAAAUAAAUGAUUUUGUGUAAAACGUUG